AUGUACAUCCGUUCUCUCUUCGAAGCCAACGCCAACGUCCGCGAGCCCAGACAACAGAGAGUGAGCUCUAUCCAACCUUCCAAAACCACGCGCCUUCCUUCCUCGGAGUCCUUCAAACGCUAUCGCUAUACUCUACUGGAACCUCGUUCGCUGACUGUUCUCUCUUUCUCUUCCCACCAGAUCCUGUUCGACCAGACCGAAGAACUCCUCAAGCAGUGGAAGCACCCCGACCCAUACCGUCCUCCCACCGCUCCUGGUGGCAGCAAGUACGAGCGUAACUUGCCCUGCCCCAUCCUUGAGCGUACGUCCCCUCCGUCCAAUAUUUUCGACCAUCUCAGUCACUGA